AACUGGACAACACUAAAACAUGUCCGUAUACUUCGAGUAGCUAUGCUUCAUUUACUUCUGGGUUUCCCCGAACAAGAGAUUGUGCACUCAUUUAAAGUGUAAACAUUCAGUUGAUAAAGUGGUGCAUAAAAGAAUUUGCUGAUAUUGAUAACUAUUCAUAUUGCAUUUGUUUUUCCUUGAGUACAAACUUUUAUAUAACUUUAUGCUUCGCAGUCCGUGGUCAUUGUGGGACUAUAUACUAAUCUCAAACUGUGAAACGUAGUUCACUUGUAGUGCAUUUUUAGAACAAUUGUGUUACCUAAGUGCAAGUGUUAUAUUGAAGUGUCAAACAUUUAAAGUGUUUUAUUUCACCUCGAACAAUGGGUUCGGAGCAGUCUUCCAACAAAGAAAGUCAGCAAAACAGAAGGCAGCAGUAUGAAUAUGUUGCAACAGGCAGGCAAAACUCUCCUGGAUAUUCAAGACCUGAAACAGCAUCAUCAAUGUACGAACGCAGCCGCCAUCCUUAUAGCUACGCUCAAGAAGAGCUACCAAGUAAUUUAGAAAGGCCAUCUGUACUGCUGUAUCCUAAUCUCCACACGACGUACACCUCGAACACAGCGCGUGCGACACAAAAUCGCCCAGUAUUUGUCACCAGUGAAGGUGAGUUGUACAUGCCGUCGACGCGGAGGGCGACGGCUCCACCGCAGCCACAGACUCCGCCGCGGACGUUCCAGCCCACCCCGCCUGUGCCACCGGCGACCCAGCGUACAACCACUCCGCAGGCACCGACAUCAGCACGGCCAACACCAGCUAUCCGACGUGCCACUUCCAGGGACCGAAGAAACGGAAAUGACGUGUACAGCUGUCCGACAUGCAGCAACAGAUUCGGUGUGGAGAUAUUCAGCUGUCCCAGCGGGCACAGCUCGUGCAAGCGCUGCCGCGAGCGCGGCGCGGGCUGCGGCGUCUGCGGACUCGUCAUCACCGACACCAGGAACUACGCCAUGCAGGACUUUAUGGCACAGAUUAAGGUGCCAUGCCCUAAUGCUGCUGACGGAUGCACGUUGCAGAUAAAGACUAUGGACAUGGACAUACACGCUUCGGAAUGUCCGUUUGCCGAAAUGGCUUGUCCGGUGAACUCUGUUUUUGGAAAUUGCCGCUGGCGAGGUAAAGCGUCCCAAAUGCUAUCCCACUUCGACAGCAUGCACCCUGAGCAGAGGCAGGGUGAUGUCGACACUGAGUUAGUUUUGCACAACAUUCUCUAUGAUAGCCACACUAUAUACUUUGUGCCGUUCACUCCCUUUAACUUUAUAUUUCAUGUAAAAGUGGAUCUUCUAAGGCGCGACAUUUGCAUGACUGCACAGCUGUUAGGAACAGGCAUGAGUGCUGCAAAAUGGAAUUAUGAGGUGCACGUUUAUAACAAGAGGGAACCACGCCGUAAAUAUACGUUUGUGAGUCCGUGCACCAGCGCCAGUAUACCAAUCAGUGAUGUAUUCAAGAAUCAUGAUUGCGCAGUAAUUCCGCUGCAGUAUGCGCUCAGUUUUAUAAACGAAGGAAUAUUGACUUACAAAUUUUUCAUAAAGAAAGUCAAUGAUAAUUCAAAUUACACUUCGAAUGCUAAGGAUGACAACCAAACUGAAAAUGUUGAUAAUAAACCUGUUAAGUAUCAUAACCCUAACUUUAGGGGCAGAGGAAGGGGUCGCGGGAGAGGUAGAGGUUAUCACAACAAUAAUAAUUAAAUUGUUUUUCGUUACCUAAUAUUAAUUUUUUCUAGCUAAAACACACUAUGAAAAUGGUAAUGAAACAAUUUUUUUUCUUUGAAUAUUGAAUUAAAAACAACACAAAAUUUUACUUAUUUGUGUGUCGUUUAAUUCUUGUUAGAUUUUAUAAGUAUUGCUUUUCAAUUUUCGUAAGAGGCAUGGGCGGCAUUUAUAUUCAGCCUUUAUGCGAGUAACCGGUAGAUACGUUUAAUAAGUUUAUCAUUUAGAAAGAUGUGCAGUCAAUGACACUGGUGCCAAAUAUUUAAAUUCUAAUUAUUGUAAAGAUUUUUGUCGUAAUUUACGCAUACAUUUGGAAGUAUAUUGGGAAGCCGUUGCCUAAUAAUUCGUGGAUCGAGAAAUAAACUAUAAAGGUAAAUAAUGAUUUCUCUAAUUUUAGUUUCAAGCAAUGUUAUCGGCAAAGGAUUACUAUAAGUGCAUUUGUGAACAACAAAUGCAAGCCAGCCUUGGGUUUACCGCUGGCUUUACGUAAACUUCCUCGCGAUUACUACAAAACGGUUUUCCGUUAUAAAUAUGGAAUAUCCACGAAGGAUAUUAUGUAAACCUUUGCCAUUAUAUUAUGUUACCGGUUCCCACCUUUAAGGUGAGGUAUCUAGUGUACGUGGUCAAUCAAUAGUUUAUAGAUCAUUUCAUCUAUGAAGACGCGCCCCACUAUUUUACCUAAGGGGUCGUUCAAUUAUUACGUAACGCAAUUUUUGAAGAUGUAACGCGCCGUAAUGUUUUCCUGUACCCCCCCUCCCCUCCAAAAGUUAUGUAACUAAAGUGACUUUUUUUUCUAUUAUUCACAAUUAUUUUACGCAAAAUACCGGAAAGUCGUUAAAAUACCUUUGUUAUUGCUUUAAAAUAAAAAAAAACAAUGUUACAUAACGCUUUGUAUGAGAACUCCCUCCCGCCCAAAUAGCGUUACGUAAUACUUGAACGGCCCCUAAUCGCUUAAUGUGCGUGAGCAGCAUGAGUGCACGCACAGUACGAUGAACAGCAUCGAAGCUGAGGCUUGGAUCAGUACCCUAUCAGGGUAACUCGCUCAAAAAAUUGUGGGGCGCGUCUUCAUGAAUGAAAUUAAUAUUAGAAUAUAAUGUUCCUAUAUAUUAUACCUAUACUUAUUAAUACGUCCAUGUUCGUAAAUGGCCAACUUAUAUACUUAUGACGGCAUUUUAGAACUUGUAAAGUUAAAAACUUUAUUGGCCGUAUUUACUUACAACGUUGUUGAGAAUUUUCGAAUGCAUAAAAUUGUUUCGUUGACAUAACUGAGAGUUAUACAGAAGGCAUAUUGUAAACCAAACAUGCGCGUUUUGUACGCAUAUUUGUAUGUAAAAGUACGCAAUUCCCGACUGCAUAGCGUUUUAGUUGUUUCGAGCAUCUAUAACUACUAAAUAGACUCUAAAGUUAUGCCUUUUUACUCAGUAACACCCUAUACUACCAUCCCUAUCAUUUAGAUACAAUCGGCUGAAGUUUUUAAAUAAAAUUGUCUUAUUCAGGCAUUACAUUUGUAUGUUUACCUGCGUAAGUUACGUACGUAAAAUUUACUAAUAUAAACAAUUUUUUAAGUUGGUAACACAACCUAACUGUCCCCAAUUACAGUUUACGUAAAAUGUGCAAAUGUAACCCCUGCUUUAGAGCAGAUGGGCUAUAACUUACCUAUAUAUAAGCUAAGAUUAAUCGUUGUUCGUAAAAACGUCCGAUAAAGCAAUAUUUUCCAUCCGAUAAUGAAUAUCUCGUUGUUGGAUAGAUUGCCUAUCAAUAUGUGACAUUGCGGUCCCAUACAUACAGUCCAUGAAAGCCGGCUAAUUGGAGGGCGCGGACUGAUGUAACCCACAAUGUUUUGAGGCUAAAUAUUAAUAUGUUACAGGGGCGUAGCUGCCGCCAUAUCAGUGGUACAUGACCCCCGAGUUUUAAGGGCCUUUCUUGGUCCAUACCUACAUUGAACUUAACGGGCGUCUAAAAGUGCGCAUUGCCAUAAAUGGCCGCCAACAAAUGUUGAUAUAGGGCUCUUCAUGGCAAGCUACGCCACCGAUAUAACUAAUUUUAUAAUUAAUUACCCAAAAUAUUGUUAAGAUUAUAAAAGUAAUUUAAGCAUGUUUAUAUUUUUUUUGUGGUUACCACUGAAUACUUUGUUAUGGGUAUUUUAAUGUAAGCAAGAUACCUAAGCAACCCGAGCAAUUAGAGAUACGUUAUGGAAUUACAAAAAGGAGACAUUCGAUCUACUUUUAUCUCAUCCCUAUUUGCAAGGGUGGUACCACAAGAUUUAUUUUAUCAAAUUAUGCUUUUAAAUGCAUUAUCUUGAUUAUGGUAAAUAAAUAAAAUUAAAAAAGA